CACACAAUCAUUCGUAAACAAAAACACGUGCGUUGUAGACGAGGACGCGGGAGCAACAAGAAUUUAGUGGUCUUUCGUAAAAAUAGUGUCGAGCGUUCGUCUAUUUCUGAGGAUGCCGGAUAAAAUCAGCAUAUACGAUGUGGGGGAUCGAUACGAUCCCUCCGAGUCGGAGGGCGAAUACGACGAGCGAGAGAAAAAGUUGCUAACCAAAAUUCGCCACCGCAAGGAUCGCAAUCGUUUCGGUGGCGACGAGGAGGAAGUGCUGGGUUUCGCUGAGGAUGAUGAUGACGAGGAAGAGGACGAGGAAGCGGAGUUCGAUGAAAUACGAAAGUUCGAACAUGAUAGUGACAUCGAGGAAAAGGAUGAUGAUGACGAUCUGCCCAAUCGGAAAGCAUGGGGUUCCAAGGCGAGAAACUUCUACGGCACGGAUUAUGUUGAUCAGGACUAUGACAGUCUGACUGCACAGGAAGAGGAACGGGCGCGCUUGGAGGAGAUUGAAGCGAAAGAGAUUCAGCAACGGUUGGCGAAGGAGCUGAACGAAGCGGACUUUUCGUUAGACAUUUUUGUUCCCGAACAGGAUGCAGCCGAUUUGGAGCCCACAAAAAGCAAGAAAAAGAAAGACAAGUCAGAGAUUAGGCUGAAAACAGAUCUUUCCGAUUUGAGUGACCGACAAAAACGUGAACUGUUCAGAAAGGAAGCGCCCGAAUUCGACGGUUUGGUAGAAGAUUUCGAAAAGUACCUGCAAGAUUGUCAUGAAACGAUGGAACCCGUGUUGAUGUAUUUGAGAGAGCGGAAUAUUACCGAGCAUCCUUUCAUCACAAUGUUAAAAACGCGUUUUGAAAUGUGUUUGAAUUAUUGUAACAACAUUAGCUUCUAUCUGUUGUUAAAAGCUAAGAAAAUCAAGGUCCAAAACCAUCCCGUGGUCAAACGGAUGGUACAAAUGAAGCAACUUUUACUGGAACUGGAUCAAAAGUAUGCAAACACUAUCAAAUCCCAGGUAGAAACGAUACUAGAGCAUAUUGCUUCCGGGAAGGAAUUAGUCUUUUCAGACGAACCAAUCGCUGAAAAAGUUGAGUCGCCGAAAAAGAAGAAACUUGCGGCUUUACAAAACAUCGAGAAAUAUGAACAGCAGGAGGAAGGGGAUCAAUCAGAUGAAGACUCUGACGAUGACUUUUCUGGGGAAGAUGUUUCCGACGACGAAGAAAUUUCGUCAGCUAAAAAACUUCGACUGGAGAGUGAAUCCGAAGAUGAACAGUUGCCUGGUGAUGAAGCAAUGGAUGAGGACCAAGAGGAGACGAUGGAUGAUGCGGAGGGUAAGCGAAAAAUCACCUAUCAAAUGGCCAAGAACAAAGGUCUCACAGCACACAAGAAGAAAGAGCAUCGCAACAUUCGCGUUAAGAAUCGUCGGAAGUUCCAGAAAGCGCUUGUUCGUCGGAAGGGUGCAAUUCGACCGGUUCGGACGGAAACCACUCGAUACGCUGGCGAAGCAACCGGGAUCAAGGCUUACGUUAAAAGAAGUGUUAAAAUCAAGUAGAUUUGUUAGUGUGAUUUAUUUUAUUUUUUAUUUUUACUUCUCAAGUAAACUUUUCUGUAAUAA